CGGUGAUGACGUGCUUUCCGCAGAAAUGUUGCUAGCAACUGGUGCCUCGAUACCGACAAUUGCCGGUGCCAUCGAGGAGGAAUACGCUCAAAGCGAAGCAAAUAGUGGUCCAUGCGAUGGUUACGUUACAGAUCAUACAGAUCUUGCUUCGGAAAUUGACAUCGAUGAAUCCGAAUAUCGUCGAGAGUUGUUAAACGACAGAUGGCGAUUAUUAUUCGAUAAGUUUGAUCCCGAAGGAUUUGGAGAAAUACCAAUUGAGGAUUUUUUCAUAGCUUUAAGAAGUCCAGAUUGGCUCGCUGAAAUUCCAGCAAAUAAAAGGGACAUCCUUUUUGUCAGGGCAAAGGAAAUCAGUGCACAUGCGAUUACAUUUCAGGAUUUCGUUAAUGUGAACCUGGUAGGCGGCCCAUUACAUGAUUACAAGAAGCUACAAAAGGUACCGGAACGAAGAUAUCUAUGGACCCUGAGGCCACCCACUGAGAUUCGCAUCAGUGUCAUUUUCUUCGGCACGCGCUAA